AUGAAAUUUUAUACUAAAAUAGAUAUUACAACUCAAAAAUUAUUAUUAAAUCAAGUUCAUCAAUUAAUUUCAUCAAGAACUUCACAAGAAUGUUCAUUUAUAACUCCACCAAGUUUAUUACAAGAUUUAGAUGAUAUCAAAGUAAUAUAUCGACAUUAUGCUACUUUAUAUUUUGUAUUUAUAGUAGAUGAUCAAGAAUCGGAAUUAGGUAUAUUAGAUUUAAUUCAAGUAUUUGUUGAAUGUUUAGAUAAAUGUUUUUCAAAUGUUUGUGAACUAGAUUUAGUAUUUGGUUGGCAAGUAUUAACUACUGUAUUGGAAGAAAUUGUACAAGGUGGAAUGGUUAUAGAUACAAACAUAAAUAGAAUUGUUGCUGCUGUAGAUGAAGCAAAUUUACAAAAAAAUGGAAAUAAUACUACACAAAGUGUUGGAUCUUCCAUACUACUGUCAUUAUCAAGAGAUCGUGGAUUUUGGAGUAGGUGA